CAUUAUCGAUAGAGUUAUGCACAAGGACAAUGAUAUCUUGUCCUGUAGGGAACUGAGUCACUUUGAGUUGAAAACUGUGGAAGCAUUCUUCAUACGAAAUAAUAUUGAAACUUUACACUUGUUUCAGCCACGCGAAAUAUUUUUGCAAACGUGUAAUAUCGUUUGGUGUCGCAAAGUUGAGAACUUUUCCUAUCGUACUUUUUCUUCAACUUCUCUCUAUGGUCUUCUUUUCAUUCGACGUAUAUUGUAUUAUGCCUCAGCUAUACAAAGUUACGAUAAGGAUGUUCUGCAAUCUGCUCUUCAACUUUCUUACCAGUCGGACGUAGAGAAACGUGCUUGGAGGGCCUAUUUAUUUCGAUAUUGCUGGUCAGGUCGUUCUAUAGUUGAUUCUUUUUUUCAUACUCUUGUUACUAUUUCUAUGGAGGACGAGAGUGCUCUUGUAAAGUUAUGUAGCAUCGAUUCUCUCUUCUACUGGGUCAGACAGAGUGGAGAAGACUUUUGCUCACGUUUGCUUUUGUUGCUGAAAUAUUUGAUCCCCAGUCUUUUUAUUCGACAACCAAAAGUCAUUCGUUAUUUUAUUUUGAAGCAUCUUUUGCAGCUCGUAGACGUAUUCAUUGCUAUUCCGAUGAAAAGGCAGCCAUUGGCUCUUCAUCAUUCGUUUCUAAUCAUUGCAUUGAAAGUAUGCAACGAUCCUUCUUGUUUAGUUCGUCAAUUAGGACUUCAGUUAUUAGAAAAACUGUUAUUCAGGCCCAAUUUUAUUAUUCUACAGGCUUUUUUAAGGAAGAGUAUCAGACCGGAGAAAUAUUCUUUUAUUUCCAAUCCUAUUAUAACUAGUAGUUGGGACUAUCUUCAUUCACUUCUUCAGAAACUCAAGUUGAAUAACAGCAAAGGUAUUGUUGCUCUUGAAGUAGCCGGCUCUUUGGUUCAACUUGCUGAGGAUUCUUGUUUGCAUAUACGACUGUCAUUCGUUCAUGUAAUUGAUAUGCUUCUGUAUUACUUUAAGACCAACACAAGGUUAACAGGACAUGUUGUCGACUGCUUAUUGUCGUUGUUGUAUGACUCGAGUGGCUUGAUUCGUGUAAAGGCGUUGAACGUGUUGACUUAUCACGCACAAGACUUGUGCCUUGGCGAUAUAUCCUUAAAGAAGUUGUUGAUGUGUCUCUUAGAUCCCAAUCCUUUGUUUCGCUAUUCAGUUGCGUUCUUAGUUUCUAAUCUAAUGCUAUGUGAAGACUGCAACUUGGGUCUUAUCUUCAAAUACUAUAUGAAGGCCUUUGAAUUCUUCCAAAAUGAUUUGCCUAUUUUGUCAUGGAGCAUUGAAAGACUAGGUAUUCGGAAUCCUCAAUUUGUCCGAAGAAGUGUUUUGAUUUUUCCUCAAUUGGUGAACAAAUGCCUUUUCAAAACAUGCAACUCAAUAGACCCAGUCGAGAGAAAUAUUUUGUAUCUUAGUGAACAACACAAGUUGCUGCUCAUGUUCAAGUUUUUUCUUUCUUCAAAUGAUGAACAAGUGAUUGAAAGCCUUCCACGAGCUUUUGUUUUGUUGUUUGACAUUCGCAGAAGAAAAUAUGAGGAACACCGUUUAUCUUUAAGUUUACAAGUUUGUUGCAGAAGUGAAGAGAAUCAUUUGGUUUAUAUAACAUCACAGUCAGUUUUGUCUUGUUUGAGUUUUGAAUUGGCUAUUUUUGGAUAUCAAUGUUUAUAUUACGAGCGUAAUUGUUUCCAACCCAUAUACUUUCCUCUCUUGAAAUUGUACAUUCAAUAUCUUGUGACAUAUUGUACAAGUUCAUCGUUUGAAGCAGUCAUUCAUACUGCAAAGUGUCUGUUGGAAUGGCUACGAUUGUGUCCAGUGAAUACCGACCAUACAAGUUGUUUUGUUUCAGAAUGUAUUCCAAUUGAGAAGGCAAAGGAGAAUGACUCGAGGAUUAACUGCAAGUGUAUUUGGCGAAGUGCUUUACUAGAUACGAUUAUAGGAUUGGCAUUGUUUCAAAGUCCUUAUAGGUAUAUAGAACAACUAUGCAUAGUACUUGAGCAUAUAUAUGAAGCGAAAAUCUUCUCCAAUCUGGCAAGGGACUUUUACAAAGCAGUUGAACAUUAUUUUGUACAUAGCAGCGUUCAUUUAAGGAGCAUUCGAUAUUAUCUGCAAAUUUUAUCUUUAACCUGUUCUGAGAAUAUCGAUGUCUCUAAUAUGAUUCUUGUAGAGUUAUUGUGUGCAGUUAGUGUACAGAAUUUCGAAUUGGACAGGAUUCCACCUUUAUUUAUUCGAAUAUAUUCAUAUAGCGAUACAAACCAUCCUUUAACGGUUCAACAGCGUCUAGAGACUUGUGAACAGCGUUUGAAAGAAGGAAGGACUCUCGUUUCUGAAACUUGUCAAUUGUCUUUGAAAGCCGAUGAUUCUAUUCGUAAGGGUUUUGUGUCUUUGGAAACUGUUCUGAGACUUACAGGUGCCUGUUCGAAUAUGCUUAUCAAACAAAUAGUAACACCUUCUAUUCACCCUAGAGUAUCUGUUUGCAAUGCGUUGGACUGUAAAAUACUGCUUUACUAUGAAAGCAUUCAAUUACUAAUACAGAGAGACUUGUAUAUAUUUGAAAGAUGGCCUUCAUCAUCAUUCUCCAAAGCAUCGGAAUCGAUUUUGCAUAUCGAGUCGUCGCCGGCGUUUUGGUUGUUGAGUUGUUUCCUUCAAAUGUACAAACUCUAUACGUAUCCAAACAACCCACGAGCUCAAAAAGCGCUUAUUGCUGCUGAAUAUGCACAAGUAUCAGUUCAAGUUCCUAAGUUCGAGAUGGGAAAGGACAACAAGAGUCCAGAAUUUCUAAAGUUAUUUCCCUUGGGAAAGAUUCCAGCUUUGGAAACUCCUCAAGGUCCUGUUUCUGAGAGUCCCGCUAUAGCCUGGUAUUUCGCAAAAUUGCGUCCGGACAAGGGUUUAUGUGGAAAUUCUCUCUAUGAAGAGUGCCAAGUGCAGCAGUGGAUUUCCUUUGCAGAAGACGCAUUUGCGAAACAUUAUCCAGUCUUAUUAUAUCCCUAUUUCAUGCCAGGAAACUUUUCUUUCCAAGAACAAGAAGCUGAAAAGGCAAAGCAACAAAUCAAACGUUAUUUGGACGUUUUGGAGUUACACUUACUGCACAACACUUACUUGGUUGGAGAGCGCGUUACUUUGGCGGAUAUCACUGCCGUGUGUUAUAUUGUACCACUAUUUCGUAUCGCCUUGGGGAAGAGUUUUCGAGCGGCUUAUACCUCCUUGUUACGUUGGUUGCAUACUUGUCUGAAUAAGCAAUCAUUUCAAAGAGUGAUUGGUAGUGUGGAGUUUUGUACGGAACCAUUGGUUGGUCAGAAAACUGCAACAGCAUCAACUGUACAAGAAGGACACGAAAGCACAAUUUCUCAAAGCUCCCAUGUGAAUGGAUUUAGUAAUGAACUUAUGGAUAUGAAUGAAUGGAAACGUAAAUAUAGUAAUACGGAUACUAGAACUGAAGCGCUGCCUUGGUUUUGGGAACACUUCAAUCCCUCACAACUUUCCUUGUGGUAUUGCAAGUACAAAUACAACGAUGAAUUGGAGAAGACUUUCAUGUCCGCUAAUCUGGUUUCUGGAUGGUUUCAAAGAUUGGAGUCUUUGAGAAAGAGUACUUUUGGAAGUAUUUUACUUUUUGGGCAAAGUGGUCCCGCCGGUUCCGUCGAAAUACAUGGUGUAUGGCUUUUUGUAGGUCAAGAUAUACCGAAGGAUAUGAAGGAGGGAGUCGACUUUGAUGCUUAUGAGUUUAGUAAGUUGGAUCCAAAUAAUGCGAAGGACAGAACCUUGAUAGAAAACUUCUUUGCUUGGGAUGGUGACUUUAGUUCCAUUACCAAUAAACCAGUGAAUCAAGGAAAGGUAUUCAAAUAAAGUCCAUGUUCAGUUGCCGGUU